UCAAGCUCCUCCCUGUUUGUGUCCACUUGUUGAUUCAGCCUUAAUCCGACAUGAAUGUUCAUUUUGCGCCGAUGUUUGCCGCCCUGUGACCGCAUGGGGAACCAAGCGUCGCGUCUAAGUUACGCAGAAGUUCCCACCGCGGAUCCGCACGGCGAGGACCGAGAGGAGGGUCCUCGCAUCGGCGUCUCUUACGUUUUCUCCGGCGACGAGGACGCCGACGAGCCGGAGGGAAGCAGCCAGCGUGGCCCCGAGGAGGAGGUGGAGUGCUCGGUGUACCGGCUGGACGAGUGUCUGUUCGACAAGAGCCGCAAGUCUGCAAGUCUGGAGCUUUACUCCCCGGAGAACCUGCUCAACAAGUGCCGCCCCGGUGACCUGGUGGAGUUCGUGGCCGGCGGCCAGUUCCCCCACUGGGCCGUGUACGUGGGAGACUUCCAGGUGGUUCACCUGCACCGAGCCGAGGUGAAGAGCUCCUUCCUGACGGACGCCAGCCGAGGCCGGCGGUGCCGCGUCGUCAACGACUGGUACAAGUUCAGAGCCCGCAGCCCGGACGCGGUGGUGCUGAGCGCCCUGGAGCAGGUGGGCGUCAAGGAGCGGCAGCUCGCCUGGAGGAACUCGGAGAGCUUCGCCGCUUGGUGUCGCUUCGGCCGCCGGGAGUUGAAGGCGAACGGCGAGCAGCGCGUCGGCGGGCAGCCGUACAGCCUGCACGUCCUGCUGGGGGACAAACACUCGCAGGCCCGGGACUUCCACAGCCUGGAGGACGUCAUCAUGGAGAAGAGACGCGGAGACCGGCUGGGAAGAACCGCGCUGCUGCGGGAACUGGAGGCGCACCUGAGCGGCGGACGCGAGACCGGAGCCCGUAGCCGGACUGGAGCGCACUGAUACCGACACAUCGAUACCAACCUAUGAUGCGCAGAUAUCAAACACCGACAUUACCGCUCAUACACUGGUACCGAUACAUUGAUACCAACCUAUGAUGCGCAGAUAUCAAACACCGACAUUACCGCUCAUACACUGAUACCGAUACAUUGAUACCAACCUAUGAUGCGCAGAUAUCAAACACCGACAUUACUGCUCAUACACUGGUACCGAUACAUUGAUACCAACCUAUGAUGCGCAGAUAUCAAACACAGACAUUACCGCUCAUACACUGAUACCGAUACAUUGAUACCCACCUAUGAUGCGCAGAUAUCAAACACCGACAUUACCGCUCAUACACUGAUACCGAUACAUUGAUACCAACCUAUGAUGCGCAGAUAUCAAACACCGACAUUACCGCUCAUACACUGGUACCGAUACAUUGAUACCAACCAAUGAUGCGCAGAUAUCAAACACCGACAUUACCGCUCAUACAUUGAUACCGAUACAUUGAUACCAACCUAUAAUGCAGAUAUCAAACACCGAUAUUACCGCUCAUACACUGAUACCGAUACAUUGAUAUCAACCACUGAUGCUCAGAUAUCGAUAUUACCGCUCAUACACUGAUACGAUACAUUGAUACCAACCACUGAUGCUCAGAUCUUGAUAUUACCGCUCAUACACUGAUACCAAACAGUGAUACACCGAUACGACCAUUGAUAUACCGACACCAAACACCGAUACAUUGAUGCCGCCCAAUGUUACAAAAAUAUCAAACACUGAUAUUACCACUCAUACACUGAUAUUUAACAGUGAUACACCGAUACGACCAUUGAUACACCGAUAACAAACACUGAUACGUUGAUACCAACCACUGAUGCUCAGAUAUCGAUAUUACCGCUUAUACACUGAUACCAAACACUGAUACGUUGAUGCCGCCCAAUGUUGCACGGAUAUCAAUCACUGACAUGACCACUCGUACACUGAUACCAAACCUUGAUACACUAAUACAACCACUAAUACUUUGAUACCAACCACUGACGAGUGUCAGUGGUUGGUGUCACCACGGAUACAUUGAUAUCGACCACUUAUUCACUGGUCACUGAUUCCAAACACCGAUACAAUGACCCCAACCAAUGAUGCUCAGAUAUCAAACACUGAUAUUACCGCUCAUACACUGAUACCAAACAUUGAUACACUAAUACCAACUACUGAAACACCGAUACGACCAUUGAUAUACUGACACCAAACACUGAUACAUUGAUGCCGCCCAAUGUUGCACAGAUAUCAAUCACUGAUAUGACCACUCAUACACUGAUACCAACCACUAAUACACUGAUACCAACCACUAAUACACUAAUACCAACCACUGAUACACUAACACAAACCACUAAUACCAACCACUGAUAUACUAAUACCAACCACUGAUAUACUAAUACCAACCACUGAUAUAUUAAUACCAACCACUGUUACAAACCUUAAUGCCACUGAUACAAAACUCGGAUAUACUGAUACCAAACCCUGAUAAACUGAUACCAAACACCAACAAAACCUGGUAUGAUGAUAUCAACUAAUAAUGCCUACCAGGUGUACACUGAUAUCGACCAGUGAUACCAUAGACAAGAUGAUACAGUAGGAUCAUGCACAUAGUACAUAGUAUAUCACGUACAAAGUAGUACAGAGUAUAUCAUGUACAUAGUAGUACAUAGUAUAUCACGUACAUAGUAGUACAUAGUAUAUCACGUACAAAGUAGUACAUAGUAUAUCAUGUACAAAGUAGUAUAUAGUAUAUCAUGUACAAAGUAGUACAUAGUAUAUCAUGUACAAAGUAGUACAUAGUAUAUCAUGUACAAAGUAGUACAUAGUACAUCAUAUACAAAGUAGUACAUAGUAUAUCACGUACAAAGUAGUACAUAGUAUAUCAUGUACAUAGUAGUACAUAGUAUAUCACGUACAAAGUAGUACAUAGUAUAUCACGUACAAAGUAGUACAUAAUAUAUCACGUACAAAGUAGUACAUAGUAUAUCAUGUACAAAGUAGUACAUAGUACAUCAUAUACAAAGUAGUACAUAGUAUAUCACGUACAAAGUAGUACAUAGUAUAUCAUGUACAAAGUAGUACAUAGUAUAUCACGUACAAAGUAGUACAUAGUAUAUCAUGUACAAAGUAGUACAUAGUAUAUCAUGUACAAAGUAGUACACCAGAAAUGUGUAUAUUACUUUGAAUAUAUUUUGAGCAAUUCUAACCUGAUACGCUGAUACCAACCACUGAUUCACUGAUACCAACGACUGAUACCAGCCACUGAUUUACUGAUACCAACGACUGAUUCACUGAUACCAGCCACUGAUUCACUGAUACCAACCACUGAUUCACUGAUACCAGCCACUGAUUCACUGAAACCAACCACUGAUACCAGCCACUGAUUCACUGAUACCAGCCACUGCAAGCUUAACCUUUAAGUCUUGAUGGCGCUUUAAAAAUGUUGGAAAUGCGUCAACUUUCAAGAAUAAAAAAAAAUUGUAUAUACAAAUGUGUGU